CCGGAGGCCGUGAUCUGAGCGGGCGGCCCGGUGGGGGCCGCUGCAUGGCGGCGCACUGAGGCUCCGGCUCCGGCUCUGGCUCCUCGGGGCGUGGCGUGGCGGCGGCCGGGGUGAUGCUGCUCAAGCUCCUGCAGAGACAGACCUAUACCUGCCUGUCCCACAGGUAUGGGCUCUACGUCUGCUUCGUGGGCGUCGUAGUCACCAUCGUCUCCGCCUUCCAGUUCGGCGAGGUGGUUCUGGAAUGGAGCCGGGAUCAAUACCACGUUUUGUUUGAUUCCUACAGAGACAAUGUUGCUGGAAAGUCCUUUCAGAAUCGGCUCUGUCUGCCCAUGCCGAUCGACGUGGUAUACACCUGGGUGAAUGGCACCGACCUUGAACUACUGAAGGAACUGCAUCAAGUCAGGGAACAGAUGGAAGAGGAGCAGAAAGCUAUGAGAGAAAUCCUUGGGAAGAACACAACAGAACCAACUAAGAAGAGUGAGAAGCAGCUGGAAUGCUUGCUGACACACUGCAUUAAAGUGCCAAUGCUUGUCCUGGACCCAGCCCUGCCGGCCAACGUCACACUGAAGGACCUGCCAUCACUUUACCCUUCUUUUCAUCUUGCCAGCGACGUAUUCAAUGUUGCAAAACCAAAAAACCCUUCGACUAAUGUUUCAGUUGUUGUUUUCGAUAGUACUAAGAAUGUUGAAGAUGCCCAUGCUGAAACCUUUAAGGGAAACAGCAAACAGACAGUUUGGAGGGGCUAUUUGACCACAGAUAAAGAAGUCCCUGGGCUAGUGCUAAUGCAAGAUUUGGCUUUCCUGAGUGGGUUUCCACCGACCUUCAAGGAGACAAAUCAACUAAAAGCAAAAUUGCCAGAAAAUCUUUCUUCUAAAAUAAAACUGUUGCACCUGUACUCAGAGGCCAGUGUAGCACUCCUAAAAUUGAACAACCCCAAAGAUUUCCAAGAACUGAAUAAGCAGACUAAGAAGAACAUGACCAUCGAUGGGAAAGAACUGACCCUAAGUCCUGCGUAUUUAUUAUGGGAUCUGAGUGCCAUCAGCCAGUCCAAGCAGGAUGAAGAUGUUUCUGCUAGCCGUUUUGAAGAUAAUGAAGAACUGAGGUACUCACUGCGAUCUAUCGAGCGGCACGCGCCGUGGGUUCGGAAUAUUUUCAUAGUCACCAAUGGGCAGAUUCCGUCCUGGCUGAACCUUGAUAAUCCUCGAGUGACAAUAGUAACACACCAGGAUGUUUUUCGAAAUUUGAGCCACUUGCCUACCUUUAGUUCACCAGCUAUUGAAAGUCACAUUCAUCGCAUCGAAGGGCUGUCCCAGAAGUUUAUUUACCUGAAUGACGAUGUCAUGUUUGGGAAGGAUGUCUGGCCAGAUGAUUUUUAUAGUCACUCCAAAGGUCAAAAGGUUUAUUUGACAUGGCCGGUACCCAACUGUGCUGAGGGCUGCCCAGGUUCCUGGAUUAAAGACGGCUAUUGUGACAAGGCUUGCAAUAACUCGGCCUGUGACUGGGAUGGUGGGGAUUGCUCUGGUAACAGUGGAGGGAGUCGCUACGGUGCCGGAGGCGGAGGAACCGGGAGCUUGGGAGCUGUCCAGCCCUGGCACUUUGGCGGAGGAAUAAACAGUGUCUCUUACUGUAAUCAAGGGUGUGCAAACUCCUGGCUCGCUGAUAAGUUCUGUGACCAGGCCUGCAACGUCUUGUCCUGCGGGUUUGAUGCUGGCGACUGUGGGCAAGAUCAUUUUCAUGAAUUAUAUAAAGUAACUCUUCUCCCAAACCAGACUCACUAUGUUAUCCCAAAAGGUGAAUGCCUGCCUUAUUUCAGCUUCGCAGAAAUAGCCAAAAGGGGAAUCGAAGGCGCCUACAGUGACAACCCCAUAAUUCGACACGCUUCCAUAGCCAAUAAGUGGAAAACCAUCCACCUCAUAAUGCACAGUGGAAUGAAUGCAACUACAAUACAUUUUAAUCUCACACUUCAAAGUAGGGACGACAAGGAGUUCAAAAUCCAGAUCUCAGUCGAGGUUGACACAAGAGAAGAACCGAAACUGAACUCCACCACCCAGAGGUCUUACCAGACAUUGGUUAGCCCCGUAACACUUCUUCCAGAGGUGGAAAUCCCAUUUGAGGAUAUUCCCGAAGAAAAACGCUUCCCAAAGUUCAAGAGACACGAUGUUAAUACAACAGGGAGAUCCCAAGAGGAGGUGAAAAUUCCCCUGGUAAAUAUUUCGCUUCUUCCAAAAGAGGCCCAGUUGCGUCUCACUCACCUGGAUUUGCAACUAGAACGUGGAGAUAUCACUAUGAAGGGAUACAACCUAUCAAAGUCAGCCUUGCUUACAUCGUUUCUGAUGAACUCACAGGAUGCUGGAGUAAAAAUAAACCAGGCUGGCAUCACAGAGGAAAGAAAUGAGAGUGUGGCGGCCCCACUGGCGAAACGGGCUCACAGAAGCAUCUGGCCAAACAGCUUAGGAGAGAGAUUACAGAGGUCGACUUUCCCAGCAGAGACAAUAAAAGUGAAUGGCCACUACCAGCGUCGGACUCCACCCCAGGACUUGGGAACCAAAGCAAGCUUUCGAUCUGAAAGUCGGACCCAAAAAGUGGGAGGUGGAAGUGUGUCCAAAGAAAAGCUCUCAUCUCUGAUUGUUCCACAGAAAAACCAGGUGCCCAGAGAAAAGAAAAUCGUAGGGAAAGAACAAGAGGAAAACAGAAUGGAGGACAAUGCUGAAAAUCACAUAGGUGUUAAUGAAGUAUUGCCUGGAAGAAAGCUGCAACAUUAUACAGACAGUUACCCAGGCUUUUUGCCCUGGGAGAAAAAAAAGUAUUUCCAAGAUCUUCUUGAUGAAGAAGAGUCAUUGAAGAUGCAGUUGGCGUACUUUACUGACAGCAAACAUACUGGGAGGCAACUGAAAGACACAUUUGCAGAUUCCCUCCGAUAUGUAAAUAAAAUUCUAAACAGCAAGUUUGGAUUCACAUCUAGGAAAGUCCCUGCACACAUGCCUCACAUGAUCGACCGAAUAGUUAUGCAAGAACUGCAGGACAUGUUCCCUGAAGAAUUUGACAAGACAUCAUUUCACAAAGUGCGCCACUCUGAGGAUAUGCAGUUUGCUUUUUCUUAUUUUUACUACCUCAUGAGUGCAGUUCAGCCGCUGAAUAUAUCUCAAGUUUUUGAUGAAGUUGAUACCGACCAAUCUGGUGUCUUAUCUGACAGAGAAAUCCGAACACUGGCUACCAGAAUUCAUGACCUGCCUUUGAGUUUGCAGGAUUUAACAGGUCUGGAACACAUGUUAAUAAAUUGCUCAAAAAUGCUCCCUGCUAAUAUCACUCAGCUAAGCAACAUUCCACCAACUCAGGAAGCAUACUAUGACCCCAAUCUGCCACCCGUCACUAAGAGUCUGUUAACCAGCUGUAAACCAGUAACUGAUAAAAUCCACAAAACGUAUAAGGACAAAAACAAAUAUAGGUUUGAAAUCAUGGGAGAAGAAGAAAUUGCUUUUAAAAUGAUUCGUACCAAUGUUUCUCAUGUGGUUGGCCAAUUGGAUGAUAUAAGAAAAAACCCUAGGAAGUUUGUUUGCCUGAAUGACAACAUUGACCAUAAUCAUAAAGAUGCCCAGACAGUGAAAGCUGUGCUCAGGGACUUCUAUGAAUCUAUGUUCCCUGUACCAUCCCAGUUUGAACUGCCAAGAGAGUAUCGGAACCGUUUUCUUCAUAUGCAUGAACUGCAGGAAUGGAGAGCAUACCGAGACAAAUUGAAGUUUUGGACUCAUUGUGUACUAGCAACAUUGAUUAUGUUUACUAUAUUCUCGUUUUUUGCCGAACAGUUAAUUGCCCUUAAGCGGAAGAUAUUUCCCAGAAGGAGAAUACAGAAAGAAGCAAGUCCUAGUCGGAUCAGGGUAUAGAAGAUCUUCAUUCGAAAGUCAUCUACCUCGGCAUUCACUGAGCAUUUUAAAGCUUGGCAAAACAGAGAUGUCUUCAUGAUGUGAAGCUAAGCCAGCCAGGCCUGAAGAAGGAAAAACAUCCAGGACAAUACUUGUUUUGUGAUGUGAGUAUAGCCUGCUGACCAGGGAUGGUGAACAUCUGUGUGUUGAGCAGUUCUGAACUGGUUUUACUUUUAAAGCAUUUGCUCAUGGACCUGUCAUUCAUUUAAUGAAAAGGCUCACUGACAAGAGACAGCUGCCAAGUUCCCACGGCAACCACUGUCAACUACAACAUGAGAAGCCUAGGCCAGCUUGGGAUUGCUGGGAGAUUGGGAGAGACCCCAGUGUUUGCAUUCCAAAGCCUUUGCUGUGGUUCUACAGUUUUGGUCUGUGUUUCUUUUUUCAUUUAUCAUUUUUAAAAUCAAGUUAGCUACUAAGUUAGCUAGUAAUUCUUGCUUCUGAAAAUAAUGAAUUGGGAUAUCUAAACAUGUUUUUAAUCAGUGUUAUUUAAAUAAUGCAGCAAUAUCACCUCCUACUGGCAAUAUCUAAAUUAUUAAUUUUAUUAAUGUUUAAGACUAUUAAGUGGUCUUAAAUGACUUACAACUACUGACAAGCUCAAUGACUGACCUCUGGAAUACUUUGUCCUUGUUUCCUCUGUCCCCUAAGAAUACUGUGAUUUCAUGCGGAGGUCUAAUUGUAAAGGGCUAGACUUAAGUAGCAGAGCUACUUUUCAGAUGUAAUUAUGUUUUGGAAAUGUACAUAUUUGAACAGAAGUGACUCAUUUUAGAAAUGAGUACUGCUGAUGGUACUGGCCUUACAGUGUUGUCUUUUUUAAUAGCCAUCAGUAUAUUCCAGUUGAUUUUAUAUAAUGCAGGGAUGAGCAAACCUUUUCUGUAAAAAGCCACAUAGUAAAUAUUUCAGGCCAUAUCUGUUUCUGUUGCAUUUUCUUCUUUGUUGUUUAGUUUAAAACAUUUUUUUAAACUGUAAAAAUGUCAAAACCAUGUUUAGCUUACAGCUGUACAAAACCAGACCACUGGCUGGAUUUGGCCCCAAGACCAUUGUUUGCUGACCAUUGGGAUAGGGAAUUGGAAUUUUUAUGUAUGGGUAAGCCCUGACAUUCAGCCAUAUUUUAUUUAUAUCAUUAUGCAGUGGAUUUCUGGAGACCAGAUUCCAUGUGUCUUUUUGAACUCUGGCAGAUAUUUUAGAUCAGGAUCUCAACAGUAUUCUUUCAAAAUGACACACAUAUUUUGUAAAAAAGAACUUGUGAUGUAAAUAUUUUGUUUGUGCUGUAAGUUAUGUAUUUCAAAAACUAAAGUCUCAUAACAAUUUA